AAAGUAUAGUGAUCUCUCCCUACUUUUUUGGCCCGUUAUACGCCUCAAAAUCUUGCAUCUCUAUAAAUAAACGAUCCAGUUUUUCAAAUAUUCUCUGUUUUUACCUUUUACAUCAACAUUAAUCUUCAAUUCUUCUUCUAGAGAAUUCUGGGUUUAAAUUUUCUUUCAAAUUUCCGGGACUUUGAGUGGAAAUUUUUCAGAAACAAAGAUACAAGAUGGGUUCUGAUGCAAUUUCAAAUACUGGUAUUUGUUCAUUCAACAAAAACUCAAUCAGGAAGAAAAAGGGGAAUAAACAGGUGAAAUCAAAACAGAACAAGGUUGAUGUUACAAGAGAACAAAAUUUUUUACAAGCCAACAAGGAACGAAACGUAGUGAAAAAUGAAGCUGGUAGAACGGCUCCCCAACCGAUCUCAAAUAAUCGCCAAGGAUCCCAUAGAUCGCGAGGGAACCAGGGUGCGGGUGAAAGGAUAUCAAUGUAUAGCAAUGACUCCGUGGCUUGGAUGGAUGACUCGAAUGUUAGGAAAAGAUCGGAUCGACAUGGGUUAACAUUGAGCAAGGAUUUCUAUGCAACUAGUUGCUCGAGUAGUUGCAGCGAUGAAGAUAGAGAUGACGAUGGGUGUGUUGACGAUUGGGAAGCCAUUGCAGAUGCUUUGACUGCAGAAAACGAUACACACAGUUCAGGUUCAGAACACUGCGGGUCAAAAACAGAUGAUUCGACGAUGAACUGUCAGUAUCGGAGGAGCAGAGCAUGGUGCCCUGAUGAUGCUUACCGUCCUAGAAGCUUGCCUAACCUUGCUCGUGGGCACAUCUCCUCUUGGCGGAAUGUAAUUUCACAGCAGCCUUCUUGUCCGGUAUGCUGUGAGGAUUUCGAUUUAACAGACUCGAGUUUCCUUCCAUGCCCUUGCGGAUUUCAGAUUUGCCUGUUCUGUCACAAGAAGAUACUCGAGGUUGAUGGGCGUUGUCCUGGUUGCAGAAAGCCGUAUGAUUCUGUGAAUGUGGGUACACCAUUGGGAGUUCAGACGGCUCGAUCUUACUGCUAAAAUACAUGGGUUUUAGGAAUUGUUUAUUCGAUCAUGCUGGCUUACGGUGUAUAUGGGAGUGUCUUGUAUUCAUGGUAUACUUCACGAGUCGAGUGUGAUGAAUGUUUCGGUACUAUGUAUGAUAGCGAUGAGCUAGCCGAGGAACUAUAUUUGUCCGGUGAAGCAAAUUCAUCGCUCACUGAUGUUUGCAUAUACAGACUUAUGUGUACUAUAGAGACUUAUGUGUACUCAAAUUGGACAAAUAGUAACAAAAUAUCGUGAUCAUAAUAUAUUUGUAUCGUUCUAAUUUUACCAAA